GCCCCGCCGCCGGCCGCCCGCAGAGGGAGGCGCUCGGCGCCCGGCCCCUCCGCCGCCGCCAGCAGGAAGCAGCGCAGGCGGCGCGGCGCUCCCCGGAGCAGGUUCCUAAAAAUUAGCACUAUGACUGAUGGAGACUAUGAUUAUCUGAUCAAACUCCUGGCCCUUGGAGACUCUGGGGUUGGAAAAACAACGUUCCUCUACAGAUACACCGAUAACAAAUUUAAUCCCAAAUUCAUCACGACAGUAGGGAUAGAUUUUCGGGAAAAACGAGUGGUAUACAAUAGCAGAGGACCAAAUGGAUCUCCAGGAAAAGUCUUCAAGGUGCAUCUCCAGCUUUGGGACACCGCUGGACAGGAAAGAUUUCGAAGCCUCACCACAGCAUUUUUCAGAGAUGCUAUGGGCUUUUUACUGAUGUUCGAUCUCACCAGUCAACAGAGCUUCUUAAAUGUCAGAAAUUGGAUGAGUCAGCUGCAAGCCAAUGCGUAUUGUGAGAAUCCAGAUAUCGUGUUAAUUGGUAAUAAAGCUGAUUUAUCCGACCAACGGGAGGUAAAUGAAAGGCAAGCAAAAGAUCUGGCAGACAAAUACGGCAUCCCCUACUUUGAAACAAGUGCUGCUACCGGCCAGAAUGUGGAGAAGGCCGUGGACACGCUGCUGGACUUGAUAAUGAAACGUAUGGAGCAGUGCGUGGACAAGACGCAAGUCUCUGACACAGCCAACGGAGGAAGCUCGGGGAAGCUGGAUUCAGCAAAGCCGGAGGAGAAGAAGUGUGCCUGCUAAACCUCGCCUCUAAACUGUGAGGACCAGCGAAAAUAUCGCAUCAGAACAUGGCUGACCUACCACCCAAUUCAAACCUGCUCCGUCGAGCCGUGCACAGAAGCAAAGUUCCAUCGUGUUAGUGGGAUCGUGCAUUUUUUUUCUCCAAAGAACUGGUUUCAAAACCUAAAACCUGUAUUGCGGUGAGGCUCUUGUGCUGAAAUAAUUAUUCCUGAUACGG